CGUCAUAUUCUAGGCGUGAGUGCAGACUGUGCACUUCCUUUAUUUCAGGAGUUUUGUACAGUAUUUUUAAUCUCUCAACUGGCACAUUUUUAGUUGUUUCUAACUUUAUAAUUUGUUGAAAGACGUCCCUCUUUUGUCGAGGACAUGGAUUUCUCGCUGGCAGAUGCCAUAGCGGACGAUGUCCCGGGCCAAGCUAAGAAAGUGGCAAACCCCAACCCAGCUGCCCCCAACGCCCCUCCGCCCACUAACCCAGGAUGGCCUGGUGCGGCCCCCGGAGCCCCCACACAGCCCUCUGCUCCUGGGGGAUUCCCUGGCGGCCCACAGUCUGGGCCAGGGGCCCCAGGGCAGUUCCCUGGAAGUCAAGGACCCUUCUCCUCCGGUCCCGGAGCACCAGGGCAGUAUCCUGGAGCUCCCUCUGCCCCUGGUGGGUUCCUGCCCGGCCCAGGGGUACCGGCACAGUACCCAGCUGGGCCUGGAGCCCCGGGACAGUACCCAGCUGGGCCUGCAGCCCCGGGACAGUACCCACCCGGACCUGGAGCCCCGGGACAACACCCAGCUGGGCCUGCAGCCCCGGGACAGUACCCAGCUGGGCCUGGAGCCCCGGGACAACACCCAGCUGGGCCUGGAGCCCCGGGACAAUACCCACCCGGGCCUGGAGCCCCGGGACAAUACCCACCCGGGCCUGGAGCCCCGGGACAACACCCAGCUGGGCCUGGAGCCCCGGGACAAUACCCACCCGGGCCUGGAGCCCCGGGACAAUACCCACCCGGACCUGGAGCCCCGGGACAAUACCCACCCGGACCUGGAGCCCCGGGACAAUACCCACACGGACCUGGAGCACCUGGACAGUUCCCUGGGCAGUUCCCUCCUGGUGGAGCCCCCGGCCAGUUCCCUGGAGCCCCCAUGCAGUACCCGUCUGGACCCUUCCAAACUAGCCCCGGAGCACCCCCAGGACCCUACCCCAACGUGGCUUACCCAGGAGCCCAGCCUGGUGGGGGGAUGUAUGGGCCUGGAGGUCCAGGAGCUGCCUUCCCUCCUGCAGGAGGCACCUACUCUGGGUUCGCUGGUGGGGCCUUCCCUCCAAUCCCCCCUGGAUCAUGGGGUCCUGGAGGCGGUGGAGGCGGUGGAGGCUUCCCUCCCCAGCCCGGCCACCCAGGGCCCACGGGACCAUACGGGGGACAAGCAGCUCCAGGAGGCAUGCUGCCCAGACAUAAUAUACCAUAUCCACCACAUUUUUGAAAGCACUGAACUCGUCAGAUUUUCAGUCGGAUGAGGACACCACCCGCAGCAUUCACCUUGUGGUUUGGUUUAAGAACUACAAAAUCACCUUGUGGUUUGGUUUAAGAAAAAGCAGCAGCGUUAUUUAGUCGGUGUAAGAGGUUUUUACUAGCUCAUACCUGGGGGAGAAAGGGAACCCAAAAAUGUUUGCUGUCAUUCAAGUGCAAUACAUAGCCUUGGCUUUUGUGAAACGACACAUUUUAUAUUAUUUCAUUAAAGUCACACUUAUCUUUACAAUAAAAUGUUAUGCUACUUUCUAAUAAAGCUAAAUAUAAUGUGGUAGUAAUCCUCCUGUACUCAUGUGUUUGCCAGCAUUGAUGAAAUGUCAAUUGUGUUACGUAUUUGAAAUAAAAGAACACUAUCACUUG